CUCCGGGCUGAAAUAACCUCCGGCUGUCCUUGAGAGACACCCAGGCUAAGAUGGCGGCCGCAGCAGUGAGAAGCCUCGGUUCCAGUCUGGGUAAAAACCUGCGAGAGAUCCGUGUCCAUCUCUGCCAGAGUUCUGCGGCCAGCAAAGGCGCGAGAGACUUUGUGGAGAAGUACUACGUGACUCUGAAGAUGUCCAACCCUGACUUCCCGGUCCGGAUCAGAGAGUGCUCUGGAGUCCAGGCCGUGGUCUGGGCCCGGUACGACUUUGGAAAAGAGAGCAGCGUCUCUGUGAACAACAUGUCUGUUGAUCAGGUGGCCAGCGCAGUGCAGACUCUAGUUCAGUCCAAACCCUGAAGCCCAAGAGGUUCACUUCAAGCCUGCUACAUCCAUUCACUUUGUAUGUCUGUGUUCUUAUGAAUAAAUCCUACUCUUAAUGUCA